ACACUGGUGACCUUCAGGGAUGUGCUUGUGGCCUUCUCCAGGGAGGAGUGGAAGCUGCUGGAUGCUGGUCAGCAGGUUAUGUACAAAGAUGUGAUGUUGCAGAACUACAGGAACCUGGUUUCCCUGGGGCAUCAGCUUCCUAAGCCAUAUGUGAUCCUCCAGUUGGAGAAAGGGGAAGAACCCUGGCUGGUAGAGAGAGGAAUCCAUGAGACCCAUCCAGAUCCAGUUAAAGCACCAGUUUCCAGGAAGAGCCUUUCUAAAGAUAAACCCUAUAACAUAAAAGUAGAAGGAAUGGUAAGGAAUAAGCUCUGGUAUUUGUCAUUAGAAGAUGCCUGGAAAUAUGGAGAGUGGUUGAACAAAUAUCAAGAAAUGCAGAGGAAACAUUUAAGACAAAUGACAUUCACCCAGAAAAAAAUUGUUACUAAGAGACGCUAUGCAAAUGGUAAAUAUGAGGGAGGCUCUCUUCAUCCUGUUCAUACUGUUCUGAGAGAUUAUUUUCAAAAACAUGGCUCACAUAUUAAAAGUUUAAAGUGUGAUUUGGAACUUAGUGGGUAUCAAGAAAGCUGUGUAAAUAACAGUAAUGAAUGUGAUCACACAUGUCAAAACAUAUACCUUAUUCAGUGUGCAGGAACUCACAUUGAAGAUACUGAUAAUACCAACUCUCACACUCAUGGUACCUCCCUUGGUAUAUCAAAAGGAAUACAUAGAGAAAAACCACAUGAGUGUAAAGAAUGUGGAAAAUUCUUCAGCUGGUGCUCUAAUCUUACUAGGCACCAACUUAUUCACACUGGAGAAAAGCCUUAUGAAUGUAAAGAAUGUGGAAAAUAUUUUAGCCGGAGUUCCCACCUCAGUGGACAUCAAAAGACUCACACUGGUGAGGAGCCCUACAAAUGCAAAGAGUGUGGAAAGUCUUUUAGCUGGUUCUCUCACCUUGUCACCCACCAGAGGACACACACAGGAGACAAACUAUACACAUGGAGUCAGUGUGGGAAAUCUUUUGUUCAUAGCUCAAGGCUGAUUAGGCACCAGAGGACUCACACUGGAGAGAAACCCUUUGAAUGUCCUGAAUGUGGGAAGUCAUUCAGACAGAGUACUCAUCUCAUUCUGCAUCACAGAACUCAUGUUCAAGUGCGGCCCUAUGAAUGUACUGAAUGUGGAAAGUCUUAUAGCCAGAGAUCUCAUCUUAUUGUGCACCAUAGAAUCCACUCUGGACUGAAGCCUUUUCAAUGUAAAGAUUGUGAAAUAUGCUUCAGUAGAAGCUCUCAUCUUUUCUCACAUCAGAGAACCCAUACUGGAGAGAAACUAUAUAAAUGUCAUGACUGUGGAAAGUGCUUCAGCCAGAGUUCUGCCCUCAUUUUACAUCAGAGAAUUCAUACUGGAGAGAAACCUUAUUGGUGUCAGUGUGGGAAAGCCUUUAUUCGAAAGAAUGACCUCAUUAAACACCAGAGAGUUCACCCUGAAGUGGAGGCUUAUAAGUGUAACCAAUGUGGCAUUGUCUUCAGCCAGGACUCAUUUAUGGUUCACCGGAAAGCACACACUGGAGAGCAGUUCUUCACAUGUCACCAGUGUGGGACAGCAUUGGUUAGUAGCCCUGUUUUUGUUAGACACCAGAAAAAGCACAUACUAAUGCAGUGA